CGUUGCCUUCCUUCUUUGUCCAUGACUUCCCUGCCUCUCUUUCUCUCCAAGUUUAGCAUUCUCCCAGCUAGGCGUGGCCACCCCCUCUUUGGAUAUCUACAACCUCCUUCGCCUUUCUUGGAGCCCUAGGGAAUUCCUUCUCCUGUUGGUUCUGCACCAAACGCCAAGCGCAUCGCCCCGCCUGCCUCCUCAUGGCACGGGGGCAUGUGCCGCGCUUUGGUGAUUGGAACCAAGAUGCUGCCUACACGACAUGCUUCGAUACGGCACGCAAGGAAAAAGCUUCUGGCAUAUGCAUUUUCAAUCCAUAUGAUCCAGAGCAGGCGGAAGAGUUAUGCAAACCAGGAGGAGAGCUUCAGAAACCCAGAGGAGAGGUUCGUAAACCCAGAGGAGAGCCCCACAAACCUGGAGGCCUAGCUGCAGAACCUCAAUAUCCAAAGGAAGGCCGGCACAGGGACAAGCAUCGGGAGUACGAUGGACGAAAGUAUGAAUCAAGAGCGACCGAUGUCAGGGAAGAAAGGAAACACAAAGGUAGAUACCAUGGGAACCAUAGGAGCUUAGGUGAAGCUGGUUUCUUUCCUUCUCAGUCACCGGUCAAGCAGGGAAGAACUUCAAAUACUCUACAUGCAACACCGAGUCGCCAAAGAACCACCGCAGUGCCUAAAUUUGGAGAAUGGAAUGCAGCAGAUCCUAAAUCAGCUGCUGGAUACACCGUCAUCUUCAACCAAGUUAAAGAAGACAAGAAGGCAGCAGCUGCGAGCCCUAUUCCAGCAUUUACUCCUCAACGUGCAUUUUCUCUGCCCAGGUCUUACUCCGAGAAAGAGCAUUCCUUUUUCAGUAGGAUGAUUUCAUGCCUACGUCCGAGCGUCAGAAACUGAUCGAACGAAGUCCGAGCGUCAGAAACUGAUCGAACGAACUCUCAGAAGUACGAAACCAUUGCAAAGAUUUCUCGCUACUGGUUGAUGCAUUUGUUUGAUAUGUUCGAUAUGUUGUUCUUACUUUUUGUGGGUCAAAUGCCUUGAGAGGUUCAGUUAUAACAGAUGAAAGAUGCUAAUGAAAAAUUCAAUGCAAUCUUGUGUUUGAUGUCGUUCA